AUUGUGCAUCAGAUUUCAACAUUGGACAUGGCGGGGCAAACGACGUGCAGUGGCAUAUCAAGACAUUUUGUCAUGAGUUCAUCCAGUCUUUCAGUAGAAUACUUUCAAUAUGGAGUUACAUGCACGUAACACCAACUAAUGAACAGAAUAUCCCUACAAAGCUGCAGAACCACUUGACCGAAUCAGUGCCACCAACUGUUCUUCUCCAAGAAUCGACUUUGAACUCUGAACUCUGACCUCUAAUCAUGGAUAUGCCAGGGGAGGAAUACAAGGGUGGGGGUAUCAAGAUCUCCCGAAACGCUGCCAUCUUCAUCGCUUGUACCUUUGGAAGCUCUCUCCUCUUGGUUGGACUGCUGUGCGGUCUCCUACCUGCGGACGAUCCAUGUAAUAUACAGGUGCCUGAACCCACAGAGCCCCCCGUUGAACCGGUAGAAACGACGAAGGCUUUGAUGACGACCGAAAGAGCAGAGCCCACCCCGUCCCCUGGCCCUACAGCUAGUGCCCCUCAACCUUGGGAUAGCCUGCGACUCCCCACCGACCUCAUACCCUCUCACUACGACAUCGGGCUCCGUAUCUACAUUGACGACGAGCAGAGGUUUGUUGGUAGCAUCAGCAUCACAAUGGAAUGCAAACAAAGCACCCACCUCCUCCUCCUGCAUAGUAAGGAGCUGAAUAUCAUACCAACUUCUGUGAGGAUGCUAUCGGUCGAUGAGGGCUGGCUGCUUCCGAAGGGACCACCGCGGCUGUUCCCGGCCAACCAGUACCUCAUCGUGGAAUUUGACGAAAUGCUCACUGCGGGAAAAAGUUACAUUUUCACCAUCGCAUUCUAUGCACCGCUUGAAGAUGGCUUAGUGGGACUGUACCGGAGCUCGUAUCAAGCUAACGGGGAAACAAGGUAUCUAGCAACAACGUUCUUUGCCCCCACCGACGCCCGCAAGGCUUUCCCUUGCUUUGACGAGCCUGCCAUGAAGGUCACCUUCAAUUUGACCUUGAUCCAUGAAGAUGGCUACAUUGCCCUUGGCAACAUGCCCCUCCUUAGAAGCGAGUCGGCGGGGACAGGAUGGACCCGAUCUGUCUUUGCCAAGAGUGUGCCGAUGUCCACCUAUCUGAUCUGCUUUGUGGUUUGUGACUUUGUGGAGAAGAACACCACUACCGGUAACGGUGUUUUGCUAAGGGUAUGGGCUCGAGAAGAUGCCAAGGAUUCCUUGGACUAUGCCCUGGAGAAGGGUGCUCAAGUUUUGGACUUUUUCGAUGGCUAUUUUGGAACGCAGUUUCCGCUUCCCAAGAUGGAUAUGAUUGCCAUACCUGACUUCGCAGCCGGAGCUAUGGAGAACUGGGGUCUGAUCACGUACCGGGAGUCGGCCCUUCUCUACACCCCGGGCGUCUCCUCUUCCAGUAACAAGCAGAGAGUCUGUGCCAUCGUCGCCCAUGAACUCGCCCAUCAGUGGUUUGGUAACCUGGUGACUCUAGAAUGGUGGGACGAUACGUGGCUCAACGAGGGGUUUGCCUCCUACGUCGAGUACCUUGGAACUGAUGCAGCCGAACCAGAUUGGGGAAUGACUGAUCAGUUUGUUUCGGCUGAUCUCCAGACCGCUCUUGAUGCCGAUGCUCUCAUCACCUCUCGACCCAUCAUCGUUGACGUGGAGACACCUGAUGAUAUCAAUCAGCAGUUUGAUACCAUCUCCUAUAAUAAGGGUGCCUCUAUUCUCAGGAUGUUGCAGAACUUCUUGGGUGAGGAUACCUUCAGGAAAGGGCUAGCGAACUAUCUUGAUGAGUUUGCCUAUUCCAAUGCAAAGAACACAGAUUUAUGGAGGGUGUUGACUGAGGCUGCCGUGGAAGAUGGAAAAGCAGACAUCAAGGUGGAGGAGAUUAUGAGAACUUGGACUGAACAGAUGAACUACCCCAGCAUCAACGUGACUCGUGAUUAUACCUCAGGGUUUACGCUCAGUCAGAACCGCUUCCUUAUCAACCCCGCGGCCAACACGACAACAGAUUAUGAUGAUUUAGGAUACAUUUGGUAUGUACCUCUCAAGUACACAACUAGUGCUGCUCCAAACUUCACCGAUCCUACGUUACAGUGGCUUGAACCAGAGAGGGAGCAAGUAUCGAUUGACUUUGAUGACGGCAUGACGUCUGAGGACUGGCUACUAGCCAACGUGAAUGCCUAUGGGUUCUACAGAGUGAACUAUGAUGAGAAGAAUUGGGACCUUAUCAGCAAACAACUCACAGAGGAUCAUGAGGCUAUCCCCAUCUCCAGUCGUGCAGCUCUUAUCAGCGACGCCUUCAACCUUGCCGUGUCAGGUCAACUCAGCAUGGUCACGGCCUUUAACCUCACGUUCUACUUGGAGGACGAACAGGAUUACGUUCCGUGGAGCGUGCUGAACCAGGUCUUGGGAUAUGUUGACCUCAUGCUCAGCAGGUCACAGGCAUACGGCUUGUUCUCGACAUACAUGAGGCGUCAGGUAGAACCAUUCUACAAUUACGUUGGAUGGAAUGAUACUGUUGGAUCCCAUCUUGAUCAGUCUGGUCGUGUGAUAGCCAUCAGUCUAGCUUGUGGAUAUGGCAAUGAAGACUGUGUAAAUACUGCUAUAGAGUACUACGCAACAUGGAUGGCUGAUCCAGAAAACAAUCCGGUCCCUCCCAACCAGAAGUCUCGCGUGUACUGCACGGCCAUCUCUGCCGGGGGCCAAGAGGAAUGGAACUUUGCCUACCAGGAGUACCUCAGCACUUCCGUCGCCACGGAGAAGAACAUCCUCCUGGCUGCCAUGGGAUGCAGUCGGAUACCAUGGAUCCUUAACUCGUACCUAGAAUUGAGCAUCGCUCCCAACGGUACGAUCAAGGCUCAGGACGCAGAGAAUGUGGCAGGAUACGUUGCCUCCAACACCAUCGGCUCCGACCUUGCCUGGGACUUCUUCCGAGUCAACUGGGACUUUUACAGAAAUGAAUACGGAAGCAGCGUAUUCCAGUUUUCUGAUCUGAUUGAAUCGGUGACGGCGAAUUUCAAUAGAGAGUUUCAGCUCCAAGAGCUCCUGGACUUCAUCGAGACCCAUCCAGACCAAGGGACAGGUUCUAGAGCGUUUGCCCAAGCUGUGGACCAGACCAGGGCUAACAUCAGAUGGAUGGAGGACUACGAAGAAGAGGUCAUGGAAUGGUUGGAGUGGGCUGUUACUGCCUAACUCUAUGGGCCAUCACAGCCUAACCCUGAGGGCUGUGAUAGCCUAACUCUAAAGGCCAUCAUAGCCUAACUCUAAGGGUCAUCACAGCCUAACUCUAAGGGUCAUCACAGCAUAACUCCAAAGGCUAUCACAGUUUGAUUCUAUGGGCUGUCACAGCCUAACUCUAAGGGCUGUCAUAGCCUAACUCUAUGGGCCAUCGCAGCCUAACCCUGAGGGCUGUGUCAGCCUAACUCAUAGGCUGUCACAGCCCUUAGGAUGAACUUACCCGCUAUCUACAAAGGAAAAAACAAACAUUGACAUUCCUAGUCCAAACACAUUAUUCUACAUUCAAAUUAUUUAUUGAGUUUGCUGCCAACAGUUAAAAAUUAUCUCUUGUGCACUAAAUAUUGUGCAACUCAUAUGUAUAUUUUAAUUGGCACUACAGCCACACACAAAAUGUUAUGAAGCAAAGUUAAAUAACCAACCCCAAAAUGACUUGUGUGUUUUAUAAUUAUAAAAUAUAUUGAUGCGUGUGUACCGGUAUUUAUUUUCAUUCAUCUUAUUCUGACAAAAAUGAUUACAUUGGUAUUUAAUAGUAAAUCCUUUAAUUACCAUAUGCAAUGAUAUGUGACUUAAAAUUGAAAUAUAUGCAAAUGAUCUUGGCGAUGAAUAUUCAAAUUUUAUGAAGGAUAUAAGAAUUGUUUGACUUAUUGUUUAAUAGGACACUGCUGCUUUGAUGUAUAGAACAAUGUGUAUAUAAUUAUAAAAGCAUGUUUUCUGCCAAACUUUGAAAGAGGUGCAUUUGAUUAAACCAUGUAUAUGAUCACAGAGGUUUAUACACUUUGCCAUUUAAAGUGGUUUGUUUAUAUCAUACUUUUACAGCUCAUAACUAAUUCUUUCGUCUCAUCUGGAAUUACUUUUAAAGUGAGUUGCAGCUGUCAUUACAUGUAUUUUUAGGGGACUUGUUGGAUUCAGGAGCAAAAUCGAUGCAAGUCGUUAUAUAAAAGGUCUUGAUGAUCUUCACUCAAAAACGGACAAUCAUAAACUAAUUAUUCCGGAAUCCAGACUCUCGUCUACCAAAAAACAUUUUACAGUGGCUGCUUCAAAAACGUGGAACAAUAUGCCACUUUC